AACAAUUAAAGCAAAGAUCGAUAAUUUAAAAGCCAUUACAAAUUUACACUUUAAGUACUUACCUACUAACUAGUUAUUUAGGCCUGAACUAGCUGCAAAAUACAUUACACUAACGUAACCUAUGAAUGUAAUUUCUAAUACUUACAAAAGGUCAGCGGUUGUAUAUUUCUAAACAGUAUUGUAAUUUCCUAGCGUUAAAAAAUUGAACGCAACACUUCAUCCUUUUACACCAUAGUUGUAAAAAAAAAAAAUUAAAAGGCGGGAAACCUUUUUUUUUAGUAUUUAACUAUUUAAGUUAUUCUCAAAUGUUUAAAAUAAAUUAUUCUUUCUUUGAUUUUAUGUUUAUAUAAUUUUGUCUCAAAAAAUAAUGACCGUUUUGCCUGCAUUUAAAUAUCUUCACCUCUCAGGAGCAUAGAAUUUAUUUUUGCAUUAAAAAAUGUCGUUAUUUCGUCAUAAUCAUCGUUUGCGGUAUCUGCAUUAGUUUCAAAGUUAAAUGUUAUUCCUUAUGGUGUUGGUAUUUUUAAUAUAACGUAAUGUAUGGUGUCAAUCAUAAGGUAUAUUAACAUAUAUUGUGAAAUAUGUUUUGUCCUACUACAAAAAUAAUGAGUGAUAAUGAAAAUGACAAAAUCUAUUAUAAAUAGAUUACAGUCGAUCUGACAAAGACGGUGACAAGAAAUAACUUAAAAGUAUAUAUCGCACAUAUUUUUUGUUUUAAUAUGUUGUUUUAACUUUUAAACUGAUUAAAUUUUUUAUCUUUGUAUACAAACAGUUCAACUGUAAAUGAUAAGGCAUUGUGAUAAUUAUUUUAAGUUAAAAGAAGUUAUCCAUAUUCACGUAGGACAAGCUGGAGUUCAAGUAGGUAAUGCUUGCUGGGAACUGUAUUGCUUAGAACACGGCAUUCGUCCUGAUGGCAUACUCGCACAUGCUGAAGAUAGAACUUCCGCUACAUUUUUCAACCAAACUGGAGCUGGGAAAGUUGUUCCAAGAGUCGUUAUGAUUGACUUGGAGCCCACUCCGAUAGACGAAAUAAGAACGGGGACUUAUCGUAGACUAUUUCACCCCACAUCACUAAUUACCGGUAAAGAAGAUGCUGCCAGUAAUUUCGCACGAGGCUACUUUGGCGUUGGAAGAGAAAUUAUCGAUAUAGCACUAAAUCGAAUUCGGCUAACAGCUGAAGACUGUAAUUGCUUGCAAGGCUUUAUAAUAUUUCGUUCAUUUGGAGGCGGAACUGGGUCCGGUUUCACGGCACUUUUAUUAGAAGGACUGGCAAGAGAUUACAAAAAACUUUCAAAAAUCGAAUUCGCUGUCUACCCAGCGCCUAAAAUAUCACCGAUAAUAGUUGAGCCGUACAAUGCGGUAUUUACUACGCACGCGUGCAUGGACACUGAAGACGUGUGCUUUAUUUUUGAUAACGAAGCUCUGUAUGAUAUUUUAGCGCGACUUCUUGACGUACCUCGGCCUACGUACACUAAUUUGAACAGGCUUAUUGCUCAGGUAGUAUCUUGUAUGACGGCAUCCUUAAGAUUCGAAGGUUCAUUAAAUGUAGAAUUGGUGGAAUUUAGAACGAACCUAAUUCCGUAUCCAAGGAUCCACUAUCCUCUGGUAACCUUCGCGCCAUUUACACCACCAUCUAGAUCGAUUCAUGAAACCAUAACGACACAACAGUUGAUGAUGUCCUGCUUCGAACCCUCGAACCAGAUGAUCAAGUGUGACCCAAGGAAUGGGAGCUAUAUGUCAUGCUGCCUACUCUUCAGAGGAGAUGUCAAUCCUAAUGAUAUUAAUUUAACUAUAAAUCAGAUAAAGAGCUUACGAUCAAUAAAGUUUGUGCCCUGGUCUCCGACUGGAUUUAAGAUCGGUGUCAAUUAUCAACCGCCAGCAACAGUCCCCGGAGGAGACUUAGCUGCGCUCCAGCAGGCGCUAGUGAUGGUGUCCAAUUCGUCCGCAGUGCGUGUAGCGUGGGAGCGGCUCUGCAAGAAGUUUUCACUGAUGUACGCUAAACGUGCGUUUGUACAUCACUACGUUGGCGAAGGGUUGGAAGAAGGAGAAUUUAAAAACGCACUUCAGAAUAUAAAAGCUUUGUCGAAUGAUUAUAGAGAAUUAGAAACUUGA